ACUUCUGGAUUAUCAACGAACAAUAUAUUCUUAUCUCUUAUAAGAUUGGACAUACAGCAGCUGCUAUAUAUAACAAUUUCUGUGACAUACAACCGUACUAAUUAUUUAUUCAUGACAUUUUGGUGUUCUUCGACAUUCUGUAAUUCAGUUAUUUCUAAUUUAUUUUAAUUUUACUUUUUGGUUAAGUAUUCACAAGUAAUUUAAAAUGAUAGAAAUUACUUGUAAUGAUAGAUUAGGAAAAAAAGUAAGAGUUAAAUGCAAUCCAGAAGAUACAAUUGGCGACUUAAAGAAAUUGAUUGCUGCUCAAACAGGAACAAAAUGGGAAAAGAUCAUUCUGAAGAAAUGGUACACGAUUUUCAAAGAUCAUAUUAGAUUACAAGACUAUGAAAUUCAUGAUGGCAUGAACAUUGAACUUUAUUAUCAAUGAAUAAAAUAGAUAAUAUGGACUUUAUACAUUUUUUACUUUAAUUUAAAUAAUAAAGAGUACACUUAAAA